UUGACAGCACGAUGGACCUUGACACUGCAGACACACUGAGGCAUCAGACACUAACACGACUGCACCUGAAGCUUCCACUGUUGACUGAGAGGGAAAUUGUAGACAUGGUAUCAACGGACAAUCUGACGUCAUAUUUAUUAGAGGCAAUCCUGUCCCACCUGGCCUUAACCUGUGCUUUACUUCUGGCCGCUCUCGCUGCCAUUCGCUGGCACAUCAGGGAUUCCUACAAAGUGGAUGGCUUCAACCAGAAGCAUGUGUUCAUCACAGGCUGUGACAGCGGCUUUGGGAAUCUGCUGGCCAGACAGCUUGAUGGAAAAGGUUUCCACGUCAUAGCUGCAUGUCUGACAGAGAGAGGUGCAGCAGAUUUGGCAGCAGUGGCCUCCCCCAGACUAAAGACCCUCCUGCUGAAUGUUACAGACAGCUCGAGCAUCAGGAGGGCGAUGGAGUUUGUGAGCAAAGAGGUCGGAGAGCAGGGUCUGUGGGGUCUGGUGAACAAUGCUGGCAGGUCCACACCCAUCGGCCCCCCAGAAUGGAUGCAGUUGGAGGAUUUCUCAAAGGUUUUGGAUGUGAAUCUGAUAGGAGUCAUUGAUGUGACCCUUCAGUUUCUCCCACUGGUGAAAAAGGCUCAGGGCAGGGUGGUAAAUGUGGCCAGUAUUCUGGGCAGACUGUCUCUCACUGGUGGAGGAUACUGCCUGUCCAAAUUUGGAGUGGAAGCCUUCUCCGACUCCCUCAGGAGGGACAUGCAACAGUUUGGCGUCAAAGUGAGCAUCAUUGAGCCUGGUUUCUUUAAGACAGCUGUUACCCAGCAGGAUCUUAUUGAAGCUGACCUGCAGAGGCUAUGGAGCCGCCUCCCUCAAGAUGUCAAAGACUCCUAUGGACCUAAAUACUUCAAGGACUAUGUGAAAGCUCAGGACUUCUCUUUGGGGAUCUUGUGCAGUCCAGAUAUCUCUAAGGUGACCAGGUGUAUGGAGCACGCGCUGACGGCUCGACACCCACGCACACGUUACAGUGCAGGCUGGGAUGCCAAGCUGUUGUGGAUUCCCCUGUCCUACCUCCCUUCAUUUGUGUCAGACUUUGUUGUCAGCAUGCUUCUUCCUUCAUAAAGCAGCCAGCUAAAACCAACUGUGAACCACUGACUGAAAUUUCUGUAUGCUUGAAUUAAAUAUAUUGUGACAAAA